AUGAGACCCAUCCCAUCCAGACUCAGCUAUCUGUUUCUACAUUUAUUUGCAUUUUGCUAUUAUGCUCAGGUAACCAAUCAGUCCCCGCCUAAUUUCACGCAGCAUGUAAGCGAGCAGAGCAAAGUGACAGACCUCAAGAGCCGCAGGUUGAUCCGGAUCUACCAGCUGUACAGCCGGACCAGCGGCAAGCACGUGCAGGUCCUGCCCAACAAGAAGAUCAACGCCAUGGCCGACGAUGGAGAUGUGCACGCUAAACUCAUUGUGGAAACCGACACAUUUGGGAGUCGAGUACGCAUCAAGGGAGCUGAGACCGGCUUCUACAUCUGCAUGAACAAGAGGGGGAAGCUCAUCGGCAAGAAAAACGGACAAGGCAGAGACUGUAUCUUCACUGAGAUUGUACUAGAGAACAACUACACUGCAUUGAGGAAUGCUCGCUACGAGGGCUGGUACAUGGCCUUCACCCGCCGGGGGCGACCGAGGAAAGGCUCACAGACACGCCAGCACCAACGCGAGGUCCAUUUCAUGAAGAGGCUGCCGAAGGGCCAGCAGCCUGCCCAUCCAAGCCACCACCGGCCUUUUGACUUCAUCCAAUACCCCUUCAGUCAAAGGACUAAACGUACACGAUACUCUUCAGAGCGCUGA